CCGCGGUCUUGAGCUUGGGGUUAGCGGUCUUUAGCCAGCGCUCGCCGCCGCGGCGCCCUCCCCGCCGGGCACAUUCUGUGCCCCGGCGGGAUAGGAGCCGCGGGCUACAGCGGCAACCCUCCUCCCCCCCCAACCCAGCCUCGCGGCUGGCGGGCAGGCGCAGCGGCCCCUUUAAAUCCAAGCGGUCGGCGGGUUGCUAGGUAACGGCGCGGCCCGCGCUGGCGCUGCACUGCAGUGGCUCAACCCCUGUCCAGCCAGGCUGGGUGGCGGUAGUCACUGUCCUGCCAGGGGUGGCCACUGGCUGCCGGUGCCCGGCUUCGGAGAGGAGCGGACAGCGCCUGCCCGAGCUCCCCCAACUCCUACAGUUCGAAUUGUAAAAGGACAGUCAAGACGUCAGACCUUGGACGUAGACGUCACAAAGGGAAUAAAGUGACUUCAUCUUACUUGAACCUCUACAAAUCACCUUCCUGAUCAAUCUCACGAAUGCCUUUCAUCUCAAAUUAGGAAGUGGACGAGGUACUUGACAAAAUGAAUCCUGCCAGAAGAUACUGGAAAGACAAUCUAUUUACUUCUCUUAUAAGUGUACAUGAGAGUCUACAUAAAGAUUCUCCCUCUGGAUCAUCUGAACAAGUGACUUUAGAUAAAGCCAAGAGAAUGGAAGGGAACUGUAAUUUGUCUAGUCGAAAGUUUCAAGAAGAAAGUAAAUUGAGGAAAAAGGAAUUUAGUUCCCAAGCAAAGGACAAAAAAGAACCAACUGUAAGAGCAAAGAUCAACAUUAAAGUGCGUGAACCUGAGGCAAGCUUUGCCCACUGUGAGUCAUCUAAUUUAGAUGUUACAGCCAAAAGGAGCUUUAUUGUCACAGAAAAACAUUCUACUUGGAAUACAAAAGAGUCACCGGUUGUAUCACGCAACAUGAAGAGAUUCACCAAAGGGGAUUCUCCAAAAAUUCGCUUGAAUCUUUUGAAUGUAGAACUGGAAGAACUUAACUUGAAGUGCAAAAAAAUAGAAGAAGAAUUUGAAAUGGCAGAAAAGGAGCUUUUAAAUUCCAAAAAGGAGUUCUCUGUAAAACUCCUAAAUCCCCAUGAAACAUCCACCGAAAACAAGAAGAGGGAUUGGGAGAUUCAAGCAUUAAAGAAUGACCUAUCAGAAAAAACCGCAAAUGUCAAAAAUUUAACUGGAGAGCUCCAUCAGGCCAAAGAACUGAUCAACCGUCUGAGAAUAGAGAACAGAGAUUUAAAGGAAACUAUUAAGAAGCUGAGACAUCAAAAUGAAGUUGGAAGAGCACUCAUAAAAGAAGAAAUGAAAAUGUAUUAUGAAUUAGAGAUAGAAAGGAUUUAUGGAGAACUUGAUGCCAUCAAGAGCGAACUCAAAAUUGAGAAGACGCUGCAAGCAAGGAAUAACAGGGCUCUGGAGUUACUUCGGAAACACUUUUCUAAUACCCCACCAGCAACUGCCCUGGACAGCUUUCUAGCGGAUUUUUUUUAAAGCUUGUAAAAAAAAAAAAAAAGCCUUUCCUUAGGCAAAUCAUUGAGCCAAAUCAGUGUUUUCUGUUGCUUUAAAAAAAAAAUGUUCUCUUUAAUAUGUGUGUAACGAGACAUCAUUCUCAUAAAUAUGUGUUAGUAACAGGACAUCAUUUUCAUUUUUGGUGAAUGACAAUAUCUGUAAAGAUGUUAACUUCUGCCUUAUAAUGAAAUUAUUGCAAGAGCCCAAAUGGAAAUGGAAAAACUGCUGGAAUCUCUUUGUGUAAUUUCCAUGCAAAUACGUGCAGUGAUUCACCAAAUCAUUUCUGAAUACAAAUCAACAACCAUUUUGUCAACCUUGUGAAUAGUAUGUCCUUGGCACAUGUAUAUUUCACCACCCGUGGUCUUGAUGUAAACAAUAAAAAUCUUGUUUAUGCA